GUAUCUAAACUUCUUUUCAUACAAGGAAUGCAAAACGUUUGAUUUUUAAUAGUAAAUGUACUUUUUAAUUGUACAAGACUGAAAAAAUUACCUAAAAACGUUUCAAACGUGUAGAUUCUUUACAAACUGACUUCGUGUCAUGAAAAUGCGCACGCACACGCAAUAUCCGGUAAAGAAUGGCCGACACUGCGAAACGGGAGAAAAUUGCUGCCGCUAGGAAGAAGUUGAACCAGUUUAAGAAGAAAACUGGGAAAACUUCUCCAGCAAAUGCUAAAAAGUCUAAGAUUAAUGACGAAAGUACACAGAACCCAGAAAAUGAAAUAAAGCAUACAGCUGAAAACACAUUCCAAAACCUUAAUGGUAAUUCUGCAACAGAUAUAAUCCAGACUAGAGAUUCUCCAGACUCCAUAGAAAACAGAACAGAUAGUGAAGAUCUGAAUAAAAUGAACACACAUCCUAAUUUGCCUCCAGGAAGGACUACAGCUUCCACAGAAAGUCUACACCAGCUAUCAAGACAGCUAAAUGGUCUUUUGGCAGAGUCCAGUGCAUUGAUCGGAGCAGAUGAUUUGGAUACAUCAAGUGUAGAAGAACUUGAAAGAAGAAAUCAAGAUCUUGCUGCAUUGUUAGAGAAACAUUCCCAGGCUAAUGAGCAAUUAAAUCUACAAAUACAACAGAUAAGAGAUCAUUCUAAAAAUCUACAAGGCCAACUAGAGAGGGAAAGGGAAAAUUUUCUUACAAAACAGAAACAGGAACUAGGACCAUUAAAAGAACAACUUCAGGUGCAUAUACAAACAAUUGGCAUAUUAGUGGCAGAAAAAACUGAAACACAAUCACAGUUAAACCAGUCACAGAAAUUAGCUGAGACCAGGUUUAAUGAAAUAGAAGAACUCUCAGGAAGAUUAAAAGCUUCAAGACAAAGAGUAGCAGAUUUAGAAAGAAGUCUCUCAACAACAAGUUCAUCUAGUCAACAGUUUCAAAAGAGUAGUAAAGACUAUGCUAAAGAUGUUGACAGAUUAAAAUUGGAUUUGUAUAAAGCAAACAAAUCAAAUGAAGAACUGCAACAACAGACUUCUGAGUUGUCUGGUAAACUUCAAGCAAAGGUGACUGAAUGUACAGGAUUAGAACAGUCAAUUGAUGAACUGAAGAAUAAAUUAGAAAUGGCGGAAUUAUAUAGUAAACAAGUAUCUAGUCACCAGGAUGGAGGACAGGAAUCUCUCAAAAUUGUAGAAACACUAAAACAAGAAAAGGAAGAAUUACUCACUAAAAUCCAUGAGUAUACAGAGGCAUUCCAAAGAGUGAGUACAGAAAAAGACCAACUAAGUGAACAAUACCAACAGUACAUGGACCAGUUACAGGGACAUAAUAAAAAGUUAACUGAACAGAUCACAUCAUUAACAGAGGACAGAGAAAAUUUAUUAACAAGUCAACAUGACUUAGAAUCUUCAGUAUUAGAAUUACAACGACGAAUAGAAGAUGUUGAUAGCAAUAAUACCAGUGCCAAUAAUGAUUUGAUUCUACAGAAAGAUAAUGAAAUGCAUCAAUUAAGAGAAAAACAUGAGGAUUUUAUACAGAAGUAUGAAGCACAGAUGAGAGACAACGUCCAGCUUAGCAGACUUUUAGAAGAAAAAGAAGAAAAGAUUACACAGUUGGAAGACAGGAUGUCAGAAGUAAACAGAGAAGAUGGAGACAAAGCUCAUCUACUGGAGAGUAUUCAGAGUAACAAAACAGCUCUCAGUCGAGCACUUACUCAAAAUAAAGAACUUAAACAUCAACUAGCAGAACUACAGAAUGGUUUUGUUAAAAUGAGUAAUGAGAACAUGGAAUUGAUGACAAGGAUACAGUCAGAACAACAUAGCUCUAAAGAAUUGUUUUGUAAACUUACCCAACAAGAAGAUGAACUUCGAGUUUUGAGAGAUGCUUUAUCUGUGAAACAGUCGAAGUUAACAGAUUUAGAACAUUCUACUCAUGAGGCAAAGAAGGAAAUGUACCAACAAGAACAAUUACAUGAUAGACUGAGACAUUAUGAAGCUCAAGCUCAAUUGGUGGAAAGUCUGGGUAGAGAAUUACAUAAUUCACAGGAUAUGGUAGAAGCCCUCAAAACCCAGAACAGUGAGUUGAGAACCAUGUUAAUUAAAGCUACUAGUCAUAAAGAGAAUGGUCACACAGACUCUGAGGAGGAGAAGAAGAGGGAUGAUGUGAUAGAUUCCUUAUCUUCAGCCAUUCAACAGUUAGAAAUAGAAAGGAACCAACUAGUAGAGAGUCUUAAAGAACAGAGAGAAUUAUCUGACAGUCUGUCUAUCAAAGUAUCAGACUUACAAGAGGAAGUUGUCCAGAAAAGUGCAUUCCUGUCAGAAGAUUAUAAUAUAGUCAGUAGAGUAGAGUAUGAGCAGUUAAAACAAGCCAUGGAAUUAAUACAGAAUAAGUAUAUGAAAGUGAUGAGAGAUAAGGCUGAGUUAUCAGACAAGUCAGAUGAACUAGAACAUACAGUAUUACAGCUACAGGGAGAAUCAGAAACUAUAGGUGAAUACAUCUCCUUAUAUCACCACCAGAGGGCAAUUUUACAGCAGAGAGAAUUACAGAAAAACGAUUAUAUUUCACAUUUAGCCAAAGACAGAGAAGAAAUGUCGUUAAAACUAGGAGAACUACAGACACUAAUGAUGCAGUUACUAGGAGAGAAAAAUAUGUUACAUAAUUAUCAUGAGGAAUCGUCUAUAACCUCCCCUGAUGUCAGUAUACAACCUCAUCUUAGUCAGGAACCUAUGGUCAAUGGUACAGAUUGGCCCGAUUAUACUAGUUCAGAAGAAGAUUCAGACAGUGAAGUGGAAACCAUUGUCGGUGGACAGGAAGGAACAACAGACACUUUAGGGGAGGAAACUCCUCAGGACCAUAUGAACCACAACCACCACCAUCAUAAUCAUGAACAUCAUAAUCACGAACAUCAUCAUCAUAUGACAAAAGACCAAAGACCUGAUAAAUCAAAAACUAGUGAAAAUACAGAAGGCACUGCCACAAAAAUAAUGAACCUAUUAUCAGAAAUAAGUCAUAACAAUUAUACUGAUCGAACUGUUGAUCAUAACUUUUUACCUUGUAAAUAUUGUAAGGGGAAGGUUUAUAAUGUAUGAGGUCACUAAUAUUGUAGAUUUUAACCAAUAGAAUUCAUUGAUUUCAUGAUCAGAGAGUUGUUGGCAUAGGUCAUGAUCAGUAAUGACAGACCAAGCUACCUCAGUUGUCAGUGAAUAAGUCCAUUCUGGUAAUGGAUUCAAAAAAUGAGUGUGAGGGUUGCUUAUCGUUGCUAGAUACCCACUGAAAUAAAAGUGGCUGUGAAUUAUUUUAUCUGUUUUCAUGGUUUGCCAGAAAAGCUUUGGUUCAUGGGCUUUUAAUUUCACAUUCCAGGCUUGCCAUGUAGAAAGAUCAACGAAAAAUUUUGUCAUUCAGAUGAUUAUUUUUAUUUAAUGUUUCUUGUGAAACAUGAAAUCUUCCAUGAAUAAAAGUACUUCAAGCUAGUAUAUUCUAAAUUUGGGGACCAAUGCUGUCUACAUCUUAUAAGAAAGAUAAACGACUAGAACAUGUAUGUCAAAAUGCAUGAGUGUAAAGGAAUAGAUUUAUAAGCUUUAUAGGAGAUUAUAAAAAGGAUUCCAGGAACAUUGUUUUGCCUUACUACAUUAUUAAAGUCAUCAAUAACAAAACCUUGCAUCAGACUAAGGAGUGCAAUAAAAUGUUGGAAUAAUUAUAUACUCUAAGACUUUUUAAAUAGUUUUAAAUGUUCCAGUUGUAAACUGAGUUUGCUGAUAGGUAGAUAAUAUUUUGAAUCCAACUUCGCUUCAGUAUUUUCAUGAAAACAUUCAUAUUCAUCAGUGAGAGUUCUGCUUAUUUGUAAACAUUGAACAAAAUUGGGCUAAUUUCUUUGUAUUCAAGUGCCUAUAAGCACUAGGCUAACAAUUUUGAUAACAAGUUUAUGCCGGUUGUUACUGAUAGAUCCAUUCACAUGUUUUAUUAUUUGAUUUCAUGGUGAGAAGUCCAUCAUUUUAAGGUUUUGUUUGUUUUCAUCAGUUUUAAAUUAUUAUUUUUUUUGGAAAGAAUUAGAAACGGUUAUUGUUCAUCCAUUGAUACCAUUGGUCACCUCCAUUUAUUCAUUUCAAUGUCAUUUCAUAUACCCUGAUGAGUCUGACUGGUGAAUGUAUCCGUGAUAUGUUUAUCCACAAUGUGUCUUUUAUAGACCAAACUGUUUAGAAAGUUAACCAACAAAUAAUAGGUAACUGGAUUGAAUUAUGAUAUCCAGAAACUGAAUAUUCCAUGCCUUGCCAUUUGUUUAUUAUUUUGAAAAAGUGUCUUGCUCUUUCAAUUUUAUUUCUAUAAAAAAAAAUUCCUGUCACAAACAGAAAUGUGUUUGCUCAACUCAUGCCUGGGUAUUUAGGUCUUAAGGUUUUUAGCAUAAUCUGUGAUAUCUUUAUUUAUCUAUUUUAGUACAUGUAAUAUGAUCUUUAUUAAAAAUUCAACAUGACGAAAAUUAAAAGUAUGUUUCUGAGCAUGCAUUAUUAUGGGGAGUGCUCUUCACAUGUAUAGGUACUGGGUGUGCUCGAUGUACUGUGAUUUUUAGGUUAUAAGUCAAGUUUUCUUUGAAAAUAAGGCAGUGUUAAUUUAACCCUCUCUGUUUUUUUCAACCAAGUCAAAUCUUGAUUUUUGUUUAAAAAUAUGUCAUAUUCCACAAAUGCAAUAGCUUUCUUCAAAAGCAUCUGUUUCCUCAUACUGUAUUUAAUUUGCUCUGAAGGUUAAAUAUUUCAUAACUGCUUACAGAAUCAUAAAAUACAUGGUUACUUUAUAGAAAUGAUCACAUUGUAAGGCAGAAUAUCAAUUAUGGUGAUUCUAAGGAAAUGAAAACAUACAUAGGUCAAAAGCUUGAAAAUUAAAAACUGCUGGUACAGUUAUUGUUGAAUAGCACCAAUCAUACAAAAAGAACUGGAUGAAAUUUCAGCAAGGUACUGCAUUAAGAAAUAUAUGUACAAAACAGACUUCCAAAUAUAUAUAUAUAUAUAAUGAAAGCAAAAUUAAUAUAUUGUUUCUCUAUAGUAUUGAUAUUAAAAAGAUUUUGAUUUCAUUGUUCUUUAUAAUUGAACAACCUUGUACAAAAAGUAUUUUAUUUAUAGCUGGCCUAUUAUUAUAGUGGGGAAACUGUAUAUCUUAUGUAUAUCAAAUGCAUUUAGGAAAAAAAAUAUGUUAAUAGUACAGAUGUGUAUGAGUCUUGUUUGUUAUUUAUAAGUUAAGGGAAUGUAAGUGAGAUCUAUACUAGAAGAUGCAUCUAUAUUAAAAAUGUAAAUGGCUUAAGAUAUGUCUUAAAGAUUUAGCCAAGUAUACUUCAAAAUUAUCAAAUACAUAGUUCAACAAGUGUCAUAUAUACCAUAUCAUAUAAAUUCUGAACUCUGUUUAGUUAAGUUAUUGUGCUAAUAAAACCAUGAUUGCAGUGUGAUUAAUAAUUGGUUGUGAUGGGUUGCUGUUACUCCUAAAUCACUACAUUCAUAGAUUGUUAAACUUGUUAAAAUAGACGGCCUUUGUAUACAAUACAAUACAUCAUUUUCAUUAUCAAGUGAUAUCUAUCAUAUUAUGUUAUUUCAAAGGGAGGCUUGCUUUAUUUCUUAGUUUUUAGUUAAAUUUGAGGAAAAUAGAAUCGUUAUGGUGAAUAUGUUAACUUUUCACCUUGCAAAGUUGAUAAGACUUAGAAGCAUUUUUCAUUAAUACUGGUCUUUGAACUCUUAAACAUGUGA